AUGCUAAAAGAUGUGGACGCAACUGGUGAUGCAAAUGAAUCUUUAUCCGAAGCCGCCAUACUGCAGCAGACCGCGGAGUACAUCUAUAGCCUGGAACAGGAAAAGACCCGCCUGCUAUCGCAGAACUGCCAACUGAAGCGGCUGGUGAACCAGCAUGAGGGCGGAGAACUGCCGCCCAAGAAACGCAAGGCGGAGCUGGUGAUUGCAGCGGCCGAAGAGGGGGCGGAGCUAAUAACCGUUCCGGUGGGCGGAGCUACGACGGGGGCGGCGAAGGGCGAAACAGCAGUGGAGUUGAAGAGGCAGUUGGAGAGAGAGAGGGCGUUGAGGUUAAUCUUGGAAAGUCAGGUCCGCCAAUUGGAACAACAACUCUUCCAGCACCAACAGCAACAGAUACAGCAAACGCAGAUCUUUGAGCUGGAUGAGACGGAGGCCGUGAUCCCAGCUGGGCUCCAGUUGGUCGCCGCUGACAGUUUGCCGCCAGUAGGGCACACGCAGACGGUCACGUGUUCGCCAGCGGCGGAGUCACGAGGGGCCAGCCCCCAACCUCCCACAAUCGCUGAAGAAGAGCCUCAGCCAAGGCCUAGGUUACCCUCAGUGUUGGAAGCGGCCAUCAAGGCUGAGCCCAAGGUCGAAGUUACCUUCGCCUGGCAACACCGGCACACACGACUCUGUCGAAUCUCCAGCCGGCACCACUGCCUUGGUAGCUGGCGCCUCCACCGGGGCGUCAUCCACCACUACCGUAGCUGGUGCGGCCCACCUAUACCAAGUGUCCAACACCUCGCGGCAGAACCUGGAGACCAUUGUCGAGGCCAUCCGGCACUUGGAGGGUGA